AUAUACGAAAUAGUAAUAUUAAGCAACAUACCCGUUCUAGAAUCGAAAAGACCAACGUAGGAAGAGCGAGGAACCCCUCUUGAAUUAGACACCUUCCUAAGUUCUAUUCUCAAGCCUUCCAAGAACGUCUCGUCGUUGCAAAAUAUAUUCGCGAGUCACAUAAAUUGUGCCGCUUUAUUUCGGUCGGCCAGGCAACUGGCGUAACCAGGCUCAAAGCCGUAACACCGACAGGGAAAGUAAAAAGAACGGCAACAUCAGCCCCGUUUCCCGAACAAGUUCAUCUGAAUAGUCAAAACCCACCCAGGAACCAGGCGGGGGCGCUCCGCCUCCUCAUCAUCCUCGACAGCCCGCGCGCGCGCACCCACUUCAAAGAAAAAGUCCGUCCCCUCCGACUUCCCAAGACAUCGGCAAACUUCGCCCGCAGCAGCGUGCACCCGUGGCAGGGGCGGCGGCACGACUCACUCGAGCAGACAUGUUUACAACGCACGCCUAAAUCAAGCCCUGCCGGGACACAAGCGGAGCGGGCGCGAGGCUCACGUGCAGCGGCUGCAGCGGAAGGCAGCACCCCUGACAACACGGGCGCUGCUGGUCGAGGCCUGCAGUGCGCCGGCGCUUCCCCGCACGGCCGGCGUCGACGUCAGCGGGCGCCCGUGGAGCGGCGGCGCGUCGGACGCUGCGCCUGGGCCAGAGACCCGGGGCAUCGCGAUCGGGCCGGAGAGCGCCGCAGCCCGCUCGAACGGCGAAGAAGACGACGUGCUGCACGCAGCCGGACCCGAACCGAGAGGGCGCAGGAGGGGGGUCGCAGCGGGCAGGCGCAACGGCGACCGUCGUCGAGCUCGGCUCGCGCGGUAGCCACCAGCGACUCGGGGGCCAUGGAUAGCGGCGGCGUCAUCUACCUGGAACAGCAAGCCCUGCAGCAGCCGCAGGUGCCGGCCGCCGUGGCCCCGGCGGCCGUGGUGCCGCCGCCAGUGGUGGUGGUGUCGGCGGCGGCCAGCGGCAAGCCGCCGGCGCCGGCGCCACCCGUGGUGGUGGCGCCCAGUCAGGGGCCGCCGCCGCCUCCCGUGGUGCCCAUCCACCACCCGGCCAUGGGGCCGCACCUGGUGAACGACCAGGCACGCUACUCGAACCCGCCGGGGCACCGCUGGAUGUCGCAGACCACCGCCGCCGCCAGCGUCUCAGAAGGGCUUGACAUUUGUGCCUACAUCCUCACAACAUGCUCGAUACUCAUCAUCGUCGCAACAUUUCCAAUUUCCCUCAUCUUUUGUAUCAAGGUAGUUCAAGAGUACGAGCGGGCCGUCAUCUUCCGCCUAGGUCGAUUGCUUCGCGGAGGUGCAAAAGGCCCAGGUAUUUUUUUCAUCAUUCCCUGUAUCGACACCUAUUGCAAGGUGGACUUGAGAACAGUAUCAUUCGAUGUUCCUCCACAGGAGGGCCAGGCGGACGCCUUCCGGGCAGAUACGACGCCGGCCUACCUGUCAGCCUACGUGCCGACCGAAGCCAAGCCUCCCCCGCCGCUUGCGGACGAUGUCUACUACGGGGUGCCGCCGCUCACUCUCUCCUACGCUUGGAUCCUGUCCAAGGACUCGGUGACAGUGGCGGUGGAUGCCGUGGUGUACUACCGCAUCAGUAACGCCACCAUUGCCGUUUCCAACGUUGAGGACUACGGACACUCGACCCGUCUGCUCGCCGCCACCACGCUCCGCAACGUGCUCGGCACCAAAAACCUGUCGGAGAUCCUCUCCGAGAGGGAGUCCAUCUCGCACGUCAUGCAGGCAAGCUUAGACGAGGCCACAGAUCCCUGGGGUGUCAAGGUGGAGAGAGUCGAAAUCAAAGACGUACGCCUUCCUGUGCAACUACAGAGGGCCAUGGCGGCUGAAGCAGAAGCGGCCCGAGAAGCCCGGGCGAAGGUGAUAGCCGCCGAGGGCGAGCAGAGGGCUUCACGCUCGCUCAAGGAAGCCGCCGAAGUGAUCGCCGACACGCCAUCAGCGCUCCAGCUGCGCUACCUACAGACCCUGGCGUCGAUUGCGGCGGAAAAGAAUUCGACCAUCGUGUUCCCUAUACCGAUGGAGCUGUUCUCGGGCUUCAUCACCAGCGACCAACGCCCCUACUCCGAUCGUCACGGAAGCCACGGCGCCAGCGACCUCAAGAAGGACCUAGAGGCUGCCGCAUAGCAGAGGGCCCGCCAAUCCCGCUCCCAGAGCCUGUUCUGGGGCGGGACAGGCGCCAGGCGGCUCUCCCUCAUCCUCGCGCCUCCCCUGCGCCUGGGCGGAGGCGCCAAGUCCCCGCCGGCCUAGUCACAGGCCCGACAUCCGAGCUCCCGGGUUCCGCCUGGGGCUCUGUCGCGCAGCUGGUGGGUCGACGGAUGCAGAGACCGAGGCUAGGCACUCACAGGAGGCCCGUCUGACGAGGACCACGCGAUGCGCGCAGAGUCCGGGCCGCGAUCCAGGCGAAGACCAGACAGGUCUUCGAAUAGAUGGCGCCAGACAUUCAGGUUUCAGCGUUGUCCCGCGAUGGCUGACCUGUGGGGCGGGCGCGCGUGCAACAGCAGUCGUUGGAUCGGCGCUGCAUCCAGACUUCGGUCAAGAUUAAAAAAAAAAUGACCAGCAGAUGUAGACGAAUCUCAAGCUCAGAGAGGGCCUCUCCGGGCCAUUUGGACAAUGUGUCUGGGAUGAUGAGCAUUGCUUGUUGGGGAGCUGUAGGCUGGUUGACGAAGGAAGGCGGACCGCGAUGGGACAAGCAAGGACGUGUCGUUCUGUACCGCGAGGUAUAUUGAGAGGUCAUGAAGAGACCUAGACGUUGGCGGUAGAAUCAUAAA